AUGUCCUGCCCUGAACAUAGGCAAUCCGCGGAGCGCGUCAUCGUCUUAUGUUUCGACGGCACAUCCAACACUUUCCAGGCAGAUGGCACCGAGACUGGUAUUGGAACCGAGAUUGCUCCGACCUCCCUCAGCAGCAACCCCAUGCGACGCCACAGUAAACUCUUCAGCAACAAGAUCCUCGACUCAGCCUUGGCUGUCUCCUUCGACCAGCAUGUGCUCGGAGGCUAUCGAUUUCUCAUGCGACAUUACCGCUCUGGAUCCCAGAUCUACAUCUUUGGUUUCUCCCGCGGAGCAUACACGGCUCGCUUCCUGAACGAGAUGCUUGACUAUACCGGUUUGCUGUCUGUCGACAAUGAAGAAAUGAUCCCCUUCAUCUGGGAGGCGUUUUCAUCCUAUAAACUAACGAUCAGAGGGACGAACGCAUGCGAGCGUGAGGAGAAGGUGAAAGCUUGGAAUUUUCUGAAGGCCUGCCGCGAAACAGUCUGUCGCGCGGUGGAUCCAGUUCACUUCCUUGGCUUGUUCGAUACCGUCAACAGCACCGCCGAGUUCCAGGUCAGUUCGGAGGUCAAACCUUCGUCUAAGAUAAUCAGACAUGCUCUGAGUAUCGAUGAGCGCAGGGUCAAAUUCUACCCGGUCCUAAUAGAUCCCACAAAAGAGUAUCGGCUCCGGCCGCGUCGGCGCCUAGGGCCAUGGAGAAUUAAGUCUGCGACAACUUGUCCGACCCAAGGCCCCCCCAAGCCGAUCCUUGCCGGCAAGAACAUCGGCCAUGAAGGGAGCGUCGCUUGCGAUUCAAUCGAGCAGGACAUUCAGGAAGUGUGGUUCCCUGGUGGCCAUGCGGAUGUAGGUGGAGGGUGGAACUUCAGUGAGAAUGAAGCAUGGAAGCUGUCUCACGGGCCACUCGUUUGGAUGGUGCAGGAGGCUCAGCGUGCUGGGCUCCAGUUCGACCAAGACAAGCUCAAGCAGCUUAUGAGUAGUGAGAGGCAAGAGACUGAUGAUUCUAGUAACGGGGAAAAUGGAAACCCGACUGAGGACAACACUGGUGACAUUGAAAGGUCGCUUCAUCUUUCGAGCACAAAGGGCAUACUGCAUGAUUAUCUCAAGUCGGGUGAGGGGGUCUCAGUCGGCGCAGCCCGCUCAUGGAAUCUGAUGGAGUAUAUACCAUUCCGACGCAUGGUGCUACAACUAGACGGCGGGUGGAAAGCUACUCGGUGGCCGCUACAUCGGGGAAAGAUGCGAGACAUCCCAAAGUAUGCGCAGAUCCACGUCUCUGCGAUUGAGCGAAUGCAAGCCGACACCACCUACCGGCCAGCGAAUCUUAUUCUGGGGGACCCUUCAGCUUUGAAGAGUAAAGCCAUCGCCCAAUUUGGAAUUGGGGAGUGGAAAAUCUGGAGCCAUAAGGGCGAUCGCGUGCGGGAGUCGUAUGUCCGGAACUAG